AUGGCGCACCAAGACAAGAUUGAGCUUCUCAUUGAUGAAGCACUCAAUCGACAAGCAGAGAGUGACCAACACCCACCAUGGGACUGUCUUGCGCUUGUAGGGCUCACGUCCAUCAACCAAGGCCAUUAUGGAGUCUAUCUGUAUAAAUCAGCUUUAGAGAAAACGCCUGCUGAGUCUCGUCCAUUCCUAUGGCGCCGUUAUAUCGAUGCGCUCACGGAGAUGUUAAUCAUUGUCGGGAUGCCAAAAACUCUGAACGCUCUAUAUCCAAUAAUCCCACUAGUCAACAAAGAAGAUCUAAAUCAUGUUAAAAAGUCGGACUGGGAAGCUGACAACUCAGCCAGAGGCUGGGAGUAUGCGAAAUUAACACAUGGAGAUGGUUGGGCCGAUUCAUUCCAGGCGGCUGGUAUGUAUGCGCCGGAUAUUGCACAUAUUACUAUGGAUGUCUCAAUGCGCAAUCUCUUGUCGGAUUAUUCGGUGCAUGAUGGAUUGGCGACCAUGGCGUUGCUGGUAACGGUAUUGGUAACGAUGAACUGCCCACUCCAAGCCUCUUGGCAUGCAAAGGGAUACCUGCGACACGGUGGAAAUAGAGAAAACCUGAAUGAAAUCGUCGAAUUUGCAAAGAAGAUUGCGAAUACCACCGGAAACACUCUCCCCGCUGACUUUCCGACUGUGGAAAUGUUGCUGGAGGGAUUGUAGUGGCGCUCGGGAAUGGACGGAGCAGGAGAGUAUGGUCUUUUGGGAACAACGGACUUUUUAGUUACGGGCUUUUAGGUACGGUCUUUUGGGUAUGGGUUUUUUGGGUACGAUUGUUUUGGGUACGGUCUUUUGGGUGCGACCUUUCGCAUUACGUUGGUUCUGCUGUUCGCAAUUAUCUCCAUGGUGUUGCCUCUUAAUAGCGACGCACAACAACGAACCAUCCAGAAUCUCC